CUCAGCUGCGAGGCGGCCUUACUGCUUCCUUUCGUGACCCACGCUACGCAGGAACGUCAGGUUUGAGCCGGAAGCGGGAAUUGUGUGUGCACAUCUGGCAGGCGCAGCUGUGGUCGAGGGUGAAAGCGAGUGGAUAACAGAUCUGGGCUGCAGCCACCACCACCUUCAGCGAUCUCAGUUUAGCCGCUGGAACUUGACGGUGAUGUGUGUUUUGACAUUCUGAACCAUGAGUCUAGCACUUAAUGAUCUGCUUAUUUGCUGUCGUCAAAUAGAACACGAUAAAGCUACUGAACGAAGGAAAGAAGUUGAGAAAUUUAAGCGCCUGAUUCGAGAUCCUGAAACUAUUCAACAUUUAGAUCGGCAUUCAGAUUCUAAACAAGGAAAAUACUUGAAUUGGGAUGCUGUUUUUAGAUUUUUACAGAAAUAUAUCAAGAAAGAAACAGAAUGUCUUAGAACAACAAAACCAAAUGUAUCAACUUCCACCCAGGCCUCCAGGCAGAAAAAGAUGCAGGAAAUCAGCAGCUUGGUCAAAUACUUCAUCAAAUGUGCAAAUAAAAGGGCACCCAGGCUAAAAUGUCAAGAACUCCUGAAUUAUAUUAUAGACACAGUGAAAGAUUCAUCAUAUGGAACCAUUUAUGGAGCUGACUGUAGCAACAUACUGCUCAAGGACAUUCUUUCAGUGAGAAAAUACUGGUGUGAAAUAUCUCAGCAACAGUGGCUAGAAUUGUUCUCUAUGUACUUCAGACUCUAUCUCAAACCUUCACAAGAAAUUAAUAGAGUUUUAGUGGCCAGAAUAAUUCAAGCUGUGACCAAAGGAUGCUGUUCACAAACUGAUGGGUUAAAUUCUAAAUUUUUGGAUUUUUUCUCUAAGGCUGUUCAGCAUGCAAGACAAGAAAAGAGCUCUGCCGGACUAAAUCACAUCCUAGCAGCACUUACUAUCACCCUCAAGACGUUGGCUGUUAAUUUUCGAAUUCGAGUAUGUGAGUUAGGAGAUGAAAUUCUUCCCUCUCUACUUUACAUUUGGACUCAACAUAGACUUAAUGAUGCCUUAAAAGAAGUAAUUAUUGAAUUAUUUCAGUUGUUAGUUUAUAUCCAUCAUCCAAAGGGAGCAAAAACCCAAGAAAAAGGUGCUUAUGAAUCACCAAAAUGGAAAAGUAUCUUAUACAACUUGUAUGACCUACUAGUUAAUGAAAUAAGUCACAUAGGAAGCAGAGGAAAAUAUUCUGCAGGAUCUCGUAAUAUUGCUGUCAAAGAAAACUUGAUUGAGUUGAUGGCAGAUAUUUGUCACCAGGUUUUUAAUGAAAAUACAAGAUCUUUGGAAAUUUCUCAGUCUUAUACAACCACACAAAGAGAUUUUAAUGUUACGCCUUGUAAGAAAAGGAAAAUAGAAUUGGGCUGGGAAGUAAUAAAAGAUCAUCUUCAGAAGUCACAGAAUGAUUUUGAUCUUGUACCUUGGUUACAGAUUGCAACCCAAUUGAUAUCAAAGUAUCCUACAAGUCUACCUAAUUCUGAGCUGUCACCAUUACUGAUGGUAUUGUACCAGCUUCUACCUCAACAGCGGCGUGGAGAACGCACACCAUAUGUGUUACGAUGCCUUACAGAGGUUGCAUUAUGUCAGGGCCAGAAGUCAGACCUAGAAAGCUCACAAAAGUCGGAUUUAUUGAAGGUCUGGAUUAAAAUUUGGUUAAUUACCUUCCGUGGAAUAAGUUCUGAACAAAUACAAGCUGAAAAAUUUGGCUUACUUGGAGCUGUAAUUCAAAGCAAUUUAGUUGAGGUUGACAAAGAAUUCUGGAAAUUAUUUACUGGGUCAGCCUGCAAACCUUCAUAUCCUGCAGUAUGCUGUUUGACUUUGGCCCUGACAAUCUGUGUGGUUCCAGAAACAGUAAAAACAGGGAUGGAACAAAAUAUAUGUGACAUUAAUAGAAGUUUAUCAUUAAAGGAGUCGAUAAUGAAAUGGCUUUUAUUCUGUCAGCUAGAGGAUGACUUAGAAGACAGUACAGAGCUGCCUCCAAUUCUUCACGGGAACUUCCCUCAUCUUGUACUGGAGAAAAUUCUUGUGAGUCUCACUAUGAAAAACUGUAAAGCUACAAUGAAUUUUUUCCAAAGUGUGCCACAAUGUGAGCAGCAUUAUAAUGAUAAAGAAGAAUCUUCAUUCUCAGAAAUUGAAGAACUGUUUCUUCAGACAACUUUUGACAAGAUGGACUUUUUAACUAUCAUGAAGGAAUGUGCUGUAGAAAAACACCACUGCAAUAUAGGCCUUUCUGUUCACCAGAAUCUCAAGGAAUCAUUAGAUCGUUAUCUUCUGGGAUUAUCAGAACAACUUCUCAGUAGCUACUCAUCUGAGACUACAAAUCCAGAAAUUCUUGUCCGAUGUUCAAGUCUUUUGGUGGGAGUUCUUGGCUGCUAUUGUUAUGUGGGUGUAAUCACUGAGGAAGAAGUAUACAAGUCAGAAUUAUUCCAGAAAGCCAAGUCUCUAUUGCAAUGUGCAGGAGAAAGUAUCACUCUAUUUAAGAAUAAAACAAAUGAGGAAUCUAGAAUUGCUUCAUUGAGAAGUAUGAUGUAUCUGUGCACAGGUUGCUUGUGUAACUGUACUGAGCACAAUCCUAAUAAGAUUGCAUCUGGAUUUUUCUUAAGAUUGUUAACAUCAAAGCUAGUGAAUGAUAUUGCAGACGUCUGUAGAAGUUUAGCAUCUAUCAACAAGCCACUUGACAAUGGAGAAAUAGUAUCAAUGGAAGAUGAUACUGAUGAAAACAUAAUGGAAAUGGAAGAUCAGUCAUCCUCUAAUCUAUUUAAUGAUUACUCUGCUAGUUUCGUUGGUGAUGCAAAUGAGUCUGGAGAGAGCCAAGUUACUAUUGGUGCCAUGAAUCCUUUAGCUGAAGAACAUCUAUCAAAGCAAGAUUUACUUUUUUUAGACAUGCUCAAAUUCUUAUGUAUGUGUAUAACUACUGCACAGGCCAAUACUGUGUCAUUUAGAGCAGCAGAUAUUCGGAGGAAAUUGUUACUGUUAAUUGAUCCCAGCAUGUUUGACCCUAACAAACCUCUUCACUUACACAUGUAUCUAGUACUUCUAAAGGCACUUCCAGGAGAAGAAUAUCCCUUGCCAAUGGAAGAUGUUGUUGAACUUCUAAAACCACUAUCCAAUGUGUGUUCUUUGUAUCGCCGUGACCAAGAUGUUUGUAAAACAAUUUUAAACCAUGUCCUUCAUGUAGUGAUGAACCUAUGUCAUAGCAAUAUGGAUGGUGAGGACACAAAGGAUGGUCAAGGACAGUUUCUCACAGUAAUUGAGGCCUUUUGGCACUUAACAAAGGAGGGAAAAUAUACAUCUUCUGUAAGAAUGGCACUAGUAAAAUGCCUUAAAACUUUGCUUGAGGCUGAUCCAUAUUCAAAAUGGGCUAUUCUUAAUGUAAUGGGGAAAGAAUUUCCUGUAAAUGAAGUAUUUCCACAGUUUCUUGCUGAUAAUCAUCACCAAGUUCGCAUGCUGACUGCAGCAUCAAUCAAUAGAUUGUUUCAGGAUGUGAGACAUGGAAGUUCUAGGUUAUUAAAAGCACUUCCUUUGAAGCUUCAGCAAACAGCUUUUGAAAAUGCAUACUUGAAAAUUCAAGAAGGGAUGAGAGAAAUGUCCCACAGAGAUCAGAAUUCUGAACUUUUGGAUGAGAGUUAUAAUAGAAAAUCUGUCUUGCUGAUGAUGGUAGCUGUAGUUUUAUCCUGUAGCCCAGUCUGUGAAAAACAGGCUUUGUUUGCCCUCUGCAAAUCUGUGAAAGUGAAUGGAUUAGAACCUCAUCUUAUUAAAAAGGUGUUAGAGAAAAUUUCUGAAACCUUUGGAUAUAGAAAUUUAGAAGACUUCAUGGCUUCUCAUUUGGAUUAUCUGGUUUUAGAAUGGCUAAAUCUUCAAGAUAUUGAGUACAGUGUAUCUUCUUUCCCUUUCAUUUUAUUAAACUUCACAAACAUUGAGGAUUUCUAUAGAUCUUGUUAUAAGGUUCUGAUUCCACACCUGAUGAUUAGAGGUCAGUUUGAUGAGGUGAAAUCCAUUGCUAGCCAGAUUCAAGAGGAUUGGAAAAGUCUUCUAACAGACUGCUUUCCAAAGAUCCUUGUAAAUAUUCUUCCUUAUUUUGCCUAUGAGAGUGCAGGAGAAAAUGAGAUGGCACGGCAAAGAGAGACUGCUACAAAAGUCUAUGAUAUGCUUAAAGAUGAAAACUUAUUAGGAAAACAGAUUGAUCAUUUAUUCAUUAGUAAUUUACCAGAGAUUGUGGUGGAGUUAUUGAUGACGUUACAUGAGCCAGCAACUUCUGAUGCCAACCAAAGCACUGACGUCAGUAACUUUUCAGGGGAUCUGGAUCCUGCUCCUAAUCCACCAUAUUUUCCAUCACAUGUGAUUAAAGCAACCUUUGCUUAUAUCAGCAAUUGCCAUAAAACCAAGUUUAAAAGCAUUUUAGAAAUCCUUUCUAAAAGCCCUGACUCCUAUCAGAAAAUUCUUCUAGCUAUAUGUGAACAAGUUGCUGAGACAAACAAUAUUUAUAAGAAGCACAGAAUUCUUAAGAUAUAUCAUCUGUUUGUUAGUUUAUUACUGAAAGAUAUUAAAAGUGGCUUAGGAGGAGCUUGGGCCUUUGUUCUUCGAGAUGUUAUUUAUACUUUAAUUCACUACAUUAAUAAAAGGCCUUCUCGUUUCACGAGUGUGUCUUUGCGUAGCUUCUCCCUUUGUUGUGACCUCUUAAGCCAGGUUUGCCACACAGCAGUAACUUACUGUAAGGAUGCCUUAGAAAACCACCUUCAUGUUAUUGUUGGUACACUUAUACCUCUUGUGGAUGACCAGAUGGAAGUUCAGGAACAGGUAUUGGACUUGUUGAAGUACUUAGUGAUAGAUAACAAGGAUAAUGAAAACCUCUACCUGACAAUUAAACUUCUAGAUCCUUUUCCUGACCAUGUUGUCUUUAAGGAUUUGCGUAUUACUCAGCAGAAAAUCAAAUAUAGUAGAGGAGGACCCUUUUCACUGUUGGAGGAAAUUAAUCAUUUUCUCUCAGUGAGUGUUUAUGAUGCACUUCCAUUGACAAGGCUUGAAGGUUUGAAGGAUCUUCAAAAACAACUAAAUCAACAUAAAGAUCAAGUAAUGGAUAUCAUGCGAGCAUCUCAAGAUAAUCCACAGGAUGGCAUAAUGGUGAAGCUGGUUGUCAGCUUGUUGCAGUUGGCUAAGAUGGCAGUAAGUCACACUGGUGAAAGAGAAGUGUUAGAGGCUGUUGGAAGGUGCUUGGGAGAAGUAGGUCCUAUAGAUUUCUCCACUAUAGCUAUACAACAUAGUAAAGAUACAUCCUAUAUCAAGGCUCUUGAGUUAUUUGAAGAUAAAGAACUUCAGUGGACCUUCACAAUGCUCACCUAUCUGAAUAAUACACUAGUAGAAGAUUGUGUCAAAGUACGAUCAGCUGCUGUUACCUGCUUGAAAAGCAUUUUAGCUACAAAGACUGGACAUAGUUUCUGGGAAAUUUAUAAGAAGACAACUGAUCCCAUGCUGGUCUAUCUACAGUCUUUUAGGACAUCAAGAAAAAAGUUUUUAGAAGCACCCAGAUUUAACAAAGAAAGUCCUUUAGAAGACUUAGACGAUACAAGCCUGUGGAUUCCUCAAAGUGAAAACCAUGACUUCUGGAUAAAGAAACUGACUUGUGCCAUUUUGGAUAGUGGAGGCACGAAAAGUGAAGUUCUUCAAUUAUUAAAGCCAAUGUGUGAAGUGAAAACUGACUUUUGCCAGACUGUGCUUCCAUACUUGAUUCAUGAUAUUUUACUCCAAGAUACAAAUGGAUCAUGGAGAAAUCUGCUUUCUGCAAACAUUCAGGGAUUUUUCACCAACUGUUUCAGACAUUCCUCACAAACCAGCCGAUCUGCAACCCCUGCAAAUUUGGACUCAGAGUCUGAGCACUUUCCCCGAUACUGUUUGAAUAAAAAAUCACAGAGAACAAUGCUUGCUGUUGUGGACUACAUGAGGAGACAAAAAAGGCCUUCUUCAGGAACAGUUUUUGAUGAUGCUUUCUGGCUGGACUUGAAUUAUCUAGAAGUUGCCAAGGUAGCUCAGUCUUGUGCAGCUCACUUUACAGCAUUACUCUAUGCAGAAAUCUAUGCAGAUAGGAAAAGCAUAGAUGAUCAAGAGAAAAGAAAUCUUAUGUUUGAAGAAGGAAGCCAAUCUACAACAAUUUCUAGUUUAAGUGAAAAGAGUAAAGAAGAAACAGGAAUAAGUUUACAGGAUCUGCUCUUAGAAAUCUACAAAAGCAUAGGAGAGCCGGAUAGUCUGUAUGGCUGUGGUGGAGGGAAAGUAUUACAACCCCUUACUAGAUUACGAACAUAUGAACAUGAAGCAAUGUGGGGGAAAGCCCUAGUAACAUAUGAUCUUGAAACAUCAAUUUCCUCAUCAACCCGCCAGGCAGGAAUAAUUCAGUCCUUGCAGAAUUUGGGACUCCACCAUGUUCUUUCUAUCUAUUUAAAAGGAUUAGAUCAAAAAAACAAAGAGUGGUGUACUGAACUACAAGAAUGUCAUUACCAAGCAGCAUGGAGGAACAUGCAAUGGGACUUCUGCAUUUCUGUCAACAAAGAAAUAGAAGGAGCCAAUUACCAUGAAUCAAUGUAUAAUGCUCUACAGUCACUAAGAGAUAAAGAAUUCUCCACAUUUUAUGAAACUCUCAAAUAUGCCAGAAUCAAAGAAAUAGAGGAGUUGUGUAAGGGUAGCCUUGAAUCUGUAUAUUCACUCUACCCAACACUUAGCAGAUUGCAGGCUAUUGGUGAGAUUGAAAACAUUGGGGAGCUCUUCUCCAGACCAAAAAUCACAGAUAGGCAACCUUCUGAAUUAUACAUUAAGUGGCGGAAACAUUCCCAGCUUCUCAAAGACAGUGAUUUUAGUUUCCAGGAGCCUAUCAUGGCUCUUCGCACAGUCAUUUUGGAGAUUUUGAUGGAAAAGGAAAUGGAGAACUCCCAAAAAGAAUGUUUUAAGGACAUUCUCACCAAGCAUCUUGUAGAAUUCUCUAUGCUAGCUCGAACUUUCAAGAACACUCAGCUCCCUGAAAGGGCAAUAUUUCAAAUUAAACAGUACAAUUCAGCCAGUUGUGGAGUCUCUGAGUGGCAGCUGGAAGAAGCACAAGUUUUCUGGGCAAAGGAGGAACAGAGUCUUGCCCUGAACAUUCUCAAGCAGAUGAUCAAGAAGUUGGAUGCCAGCUGUACUGAGAAUGAUCCCAGCCUAAAACUUAUAUACACUGAAUGUCUGAGGGUCUGUGGCAACUGGUUAGCAGAAACAUGUCUAGAAAAUCCUACAGUAAUUAUGCAGACCUACUUAGAGAAGGCAGUGAAGGUAGCUGGAAAUUUCUAUGGAGAAAACAAUGACGAGCUCAGAAAUGGAAAAAUGAAAGCAUUUCUCUCACUGGCACGGUUCUCAGACACUCAGUACCAGAGAAUUGAAAACUACAUGAAAUCUUCAGAAUUUGAAAAUAAGCAAGCUCUACUAAAAAGGGCCAAAGCAGAAGUGGGUCUUCUUAGGGAACAUAAAAUUCAGACCAACAGAUAUACAGUAAAGGUUCAACGAGAGCUGGAACUGGAUGAAUGUUCACUCCGUGCACUGAAAGAAGAUCGUAAACGUUUCUUAUGUAAAGCAGUUGAAAAUUACAUCAACUGUUUACGAAGUGGAGAAGAGCAUGAUAUGUGGAUAUUCCGUCUUUGUUCCCUCUGGCUUGAAAAUUCUGGAGUGUCAGAAGUUAAUGGCAUGAUGAAGAGAGAUGGAAUGAUGAUCCCAUCAUAUAAAUUUUUGCCUCUUAUGUACCAGUUGGCUGCUAGAAUGGGGACUAAGAUGAUGGGAGGCCUAGGAUUUCAUGAAGUCCUCAAUAAUCUCAUCUCUACAGUUUCCAUGGAUCACCCACAUCAUACUUUGUUUAUUAUACUGGCUUUAGCAAAUGCAAACAAAGAUGAAUUUUUGACCAAACCAGAGGCAGCAAGGAGGACUAGAAUAACUAAAAAUGUUCCUAAGCAAAAUUCUCAACUUGAUGAGGAUAGAACUGAAGCUGCCAGCAAAAUAAUAAAUACUAUAAGAAGUAGGAGACCUCGGAUGGUCAAAAAUGUUGAAGCACUGUGUGACGCUUAUAUUAUAUUAGCAAAUAUGGAUGCCACUCCAUGGAAGAUGCAGAGAAAGGGCAUAAAUAUUCCUGGAGACCAGCCAAUCAUUAAACUUAAGAAUUUAGAAGAUGUUGUUGUCCCUACAAUGGAAACUAAGGUGGACCCAACAUCAGAAUAUGGGAAUCUGGUGACUAUACAGUCAUUUAAACCAGAAUUUCGCUUGGCAGGAGGUUUAAAUUUACCAAAAAUAAUAGAUUGUCUGGGCUCUGAUGGUAAGGAAAGGAGACAGCUUGUUAAGGGCCGUGAUGACCUGAGACAAGAUGCUGUCAUGCAGCAGGUUUUCCAGAUGUGCAAUAUGUUACUGCAGAGAAACACUGAAACCAGGAAGAGGAAACUGACUAUCUGCACAUACAGGGUGGUUCCCCUUUCUCAGCGAAGUGGUGUUCUUGAAUGGUGCACAGGAACUGUCCCUAUUGGCGAAUUUCUUGUUAACAAUGAAGAUGGUGCUCAUAAAAGAUACAGACCAAAGGAUUAUAGUGCCUAUCAGUGUCAAAAGAAAAUGAUGGAAGUGCAAAGGAAAUCAUUUGAAGAGAAAUAUGAAACCUUUAUGGAUAUCUGUCAGAAUUUCCAACCAGUUUUUCGUUACUUCUGCAUGGAAAAAUUCCUGGACCCAGCUGUUUGGUUUGAGAAACGACUGGCUUAUACUCGAAGUGUGGCUACUUCUUCUAUUGUUGGCUAUAUUCUUGGACUUGGUGAUAGACAUGUGCAAAAUAUCUUGAUAAAUGAGCAAUCAGCAGAACUUGUACAUAUCGAUUUAGGAGUUGCUUUUGAACAGGGUAAAAUUCUUCCAACACCUGAAACAGUUCCUUUUAGGCUCACCAGAGACAUUGUGGAUGGGAUGGGGAUUACUGGUGUUGAAGGUGUUUUCAGAAGGUGCUGUGAGAAAACCAUGGAGGUUAUGAGGAACUCUCAGGAAACCCUGUUAACUAUUGUGGAGGUCCUUCUAUAUGAUCCUCUUUUUGACUGGACUAUGAACCCCUUGAAAGCUUUGUAUUUACAGCAGAGGCCAGAAGAUGAAACUGAGCUCCAUGCCACUCCAAAUGCAGAUGACCAAGAGUGCAGACGAAAUCUCAGUGAUAUCGACCAGAGUUUCAACAAAGUCGCUGAACGUGUCUUAAUGAGACUGCAAGAGAAACUGAAGGGAGUGGAAGAAGGAACUGUGCUCAGUGUGGGUGGACAAGUGAAUCUGCUUAUACAACAGGCCAUGGACCCCAAAAAUCUCAGCCGACUUUUCCCAGGAUGGAAAGCUUGGGUGUGACUGUCAUAUAAAUUACCCUUGAAUUUAACUUCUGGAAAUUAUAUUACUGCCUUCAUUUUUAACUCACCCAUUUACUUUGAACUGGGAGUGAGCUAUGUACUGGACUUGUAAAAACGUUUAAUACUUGUUUUAUUCAUCUGAAGUUGUUUUAAUAGUCACAGGAAACAUCUCUUAUCUCACAUUUCAUUCAUGCUCUUAUUUGUAAGCUAUACAUUGAUUUUUUUUUCUUCUCAAAUAUAUACUUGUAUUAUUUUUUAGUAAAACAGGACUAAAUGCAAUUGCUGAAGAUAGAAGUGACAGGAAUAUUACUGACAAUUUUUCCUUAAGUAUGAACAAAUUUAAUUACAGUGUUUUCCACAUGUAAGAUAAGUUAUUGGCAUUAGUAUAUAAAAGGAAAGAGUUUACAAAUUGUAGCCAUAUAUGUCAUGAUUAAAAAUAAGCAGCACUAUUGUAG